AGCAGAAAGGCAAAAGAAGAAAAAGUAGGAAGAUCCGUGAGAGGGAGGAGAAAUUCCGGCGAUGGCGGAAGAUUUCUCUGUGAUUGUCUUAGCUUCCGAUCUAGGAGUUGACGCUCGACCGUUCUUAACGAGAAGCGAUGAGGUCGAUGGGCAAGAGAACUGGCAUGAUUGUCCUCAAUACCUCGGCGACGAAGAUUUCUCCGAUCUCGAUCUUCUUCAGUUCUUCACCCUCCAAGGCUUGGAUAAGUCCGGUAACCGGAUUUUCCGCAUCGUCGGAAAGUAUUUUCCCGCUCGUGUUGUCAGUGCGGAGCGGCUGAAGAAGUAUAUAUUCCAUAAGAUAAGCAACGAAUAUCCCGAGGGACCUUUCUGCUUGGUUUACAUGCAUAGCACAGUGCAAAGCGACGACAACUCACCUGGCAUUACCAUCUUAAGAUGGAUUUACGAGGACCUUCCUUCAGAUAUCAAAGACAGACUUCAAGUUGUUUACUUUGUACACCCUGGUCUUCGUUCAAGACUUGUCAUUGCCACUCUCGGCCGCCUUCUUCUUAGUGGAGGACUGUACUGGAAGAUCAAGUAUGUGAGCCGGUUGCAGUACCUUUGGGAAGAGAUAAAGAAAGGAGAGGUGGAAAUUCCCGACUUUGUGAAAAACCACGACAAUGUGCUCGAGCAUAGACCGUUAACCGACUAUGGAAUCGAACCGGAUCCGUUCCAGUUAACAGAAGUUCAAUCUUCAUCGUUCUCGAUUAACCGUUACGAGAACAGAUGGAUCUCAUAGUACAUUUUCUCCUUGUUCAGCCAGAACCUCUAUGUUUAUGUUAGCUGUAUAAAGUAAUUCAGUGUCCUGGAAAACUUCUGUUCCAAUCUUGUUUUGAUUGAUUUUUGACCCAACAAGUACCAAAUCAUGUAUCAUAUGUGUAAUUAUUGAGGUUUAUUAGGUCAGAAACAAGCUCUGGUAUGAGUUAUGAAGAUAGAAAGUAUAUCUGG